AUGCCAUCUAUUCGAAGACAUACUUCAAUUCGACCCAUUCUCGAAUUUGCUGCUGACAAACAAUUACAUAUUAUUUUUGAUGAAAUCUAUGCAUUUAGUUUAUUAACGACAAUUGGAGCUGAAUUGAAUUUUCUAUUUGGACCAUCGAGUGUUGUACAACAAACAUUAGCCUCAUUACUAGCUGAUCAUCAAUGGAUUCAUUCCUAUAUCAAUAUGAGUCGUACUUGUUUGGUAGAGCAAUAUCAAUUAGUAAAAGAACGUUCAGAAAAACUUGAUCAACGUAUUAUCAUUCGAACACCAGAAGCCAGUUUUUCUAUAUGGAUCAGUUUUCGAAUUUUGAUGCACUGA